CACUGCGCUCCCGCCCACAUACCGGCUUCUGGCUUCUGAUUGGAUGACGCAGCCUGUGGACGGGACGUGUAGAAUCCCGGCGGACGCGGUGCGCGGACUGAGGCCAGAAGCCGGUGGAGUUUGAGGGGUUCCGUGGUUUUCGGAAGAUUCUUCAGUCACUAUGUCAAGCAACACGGAUGUUUCUCUUUCUUCAUACGAUGAAGAUCAGGGAUCUAAACUUAUCCGAAAAGCUAAAGAGGCGCCAUUUGUCCCUCUUGGGAUGGCGGGCUUCGCAGCAAUUGUUGCAUAUGGAUUAUACAAACUGAAGAGCAGGGGAAACACUAAAAUGUCCAUUCACCUGAUCCACAUGCGUGUAGCAGCCCAAGGCUUUGUUGUAGGAGCAAUGACCCUUGGUAUGGGCUACUCCAUGUAUCAGGAGUUCUGGGCAAAACCUAAACCUUAGAAGAAGAGACGCUGUCGUCUUUUUGGAAGCAGUUGUUUAGUUAGACAUCUCAUGUUGUGGUUACAUAUUUGUGUCAAAAAUAAAUCAUUUGAGUUGUUUGGACUGUAUUAUAUAGUAUUUUGAAUAAUGGUUUUUUCCUUGCAGACUUGAUGACCAAGUGAGUAGUGCCUAGUUCACGAACUGGGUCAUUCAGGGAAUCAAAUGAAAGAAUCAUGUCACCUAAAAGCACUCAAUAGUGUUCAAAUGUCCACCUUUCUUUUUUUUGGUACCGGGGAUCGAACUCAGGUCCUUACAUAUGCGAGGCAGGUGGUGGAACCAUUGAGCUAAAUCCCUGGCCCCUAUGUCCACCUUUCUUAAAGCCUCAUGACAAUUAGUUCUAAAGAAGACAGCAGGACACCCCAGAUGGACUCCUGGUCUACUGCCGGGUAUCACAUGCCUUGCAUGUUCUGUAGGAGUCCUGUUGCCCUCAGUUCAGCUUUUAUCUGUGCCCUCUGGACUCGUGUGAGAACUUCAGUUUUUAGGACUGCCUGGCUCUUGAAGAACUCUUUCAAAACAUGCAUGGGAAGGGCCGGGGAUUUAGCUCAGUGGUUCUGCCACCUGCCUUGCACGUGCAAGGACCCGAGUUCAAUCCCUGGUACCAAAAGAAAAAAAAAAAAUGCAUGGGAUAUAACAUACAAACCCUCAACUGUGUGUGCGUGCAUGUAAACCUAGAAAACUUCACAUCAGAGCUGCAUAGAAGAAGUAUUUAUUUCAGAAUCACACUUGUAAACAUGCGAAUAGUUUAAUUAUGGAUUCCACUUGAGCUCUUUUAUAAUUAAAAUUAUAUUUUUGUUGCAGUUGUAUUAGAAUAAUUUUUAAAUGUCAUCUUGAAAUAGAAAUAUUUAAGUGCUAAUACACAGAUAAAUGAACACUUUUUAAAUAUGUGCAGUAUGUUUCUUUGUAAUAAUUGUAAAUGCUAAACACUUUAUCCAAAAUGGAAAUGACUAGUAGUUUAUGAGCAAGCUGGUUUGGUCAGACAUUACACACAAACUUCAAUAUACUAUGGAGUGCUUGUAAAUACUUGUAAAAUUCUCUUGUCUAACCUGAACUUACAUUCCCCGGUGAUAACAUGGUAUAUAUGUCGUGUUAUUAAAGUAGGUGAACAUA